AUGACUGCGCUCCUGGCGGUCCGUGAAACUCAGCUCCUCCAGGAACUUUGUGUGACCCUGGGCAAGCCGCGGUCCUGCAGGACUCCCAGAAGUGAGUGCCCCAGUCCCGGGCGCAGCAGCGCCGCCAAGCGGAAGAAGAAGCAGCGGCGGAACCGCACCACCUUCAACAGCAGCCAGCUGCAGGCGCUGGAGCGCGUUUUCGAGCGCACGCACUACCCCGACGCUUUCGUGCGGGAGGAGCUGGCCCGGCGGGUCAACCUCAGCGAGGCGCGCGUCCAGGUCUGGUUUCAAAACCGCCGGGCCAAGUUCCGCAGAAACGAGCGGGCCAUGCUGGCCAACCGCUCGGCCUCGCUGCUCAAGUCCUACAGUCAGGAGGCCGCCAUCGAGCAGCCGGUGGCUCCCCGGCCCACCACGCUGAGCCCGGACUAUCUCUCCUGGACAGCCUCGUCCCCCUACAGCACGGUGCCGCCCUACAGCCCUGGAGGCUCAGGCCCCGCGACCCCGGGGGUCAACAUGGCCAACAGCAUCGCCAGUCUCCGUCUCAAGGCCAAGGAGUUCAGCCUGCAUCACAGCCAGGUGCCCACCGUGAACUGACAGCCAGCUCCGCCAGGAUCCCAGUGCCUCCCUGGUCUGACGACAACAGAAAAGAGGGCAGACACGCGGGAAAGUGACCUUCUCCUGUCCCCUGUCUCCGGGACAGGCUGGCUGGGCUCUCCUGGCCCUUCUCUGCAGCCCAGACUCCUGGGCCCAAGAGGCUGCUGAGACGCCUGGAGCCUGGCUCAGCCCCUCAUCCCUGGCCGCUGGAGACUUCGGCCCCUGAUCCUUGGAGGGGUUGGGCCAGAAGGUGGAAUAGCAGUUCACCGAGGACCUCACUUACUUGGUGUAUGAAAGCCAAAAAGCUGUUGUCUGUAAGAAAUAAAAAAAGAAUAAAUUGUUUAAGCCCC